GAGUGAGGUUCUAAUGUUUUGUGUUAUAUGAUUGAGUUAUUAAAAUGUCCAAACGACAGAGCAAUACAUUGUUAAACUACUUUUCUUCUCCUAAAGGGAAGUUAACACCUAAAAAAGAAGAAACAGUAUCAUCUAAAGCAAAGCCAACUCCUAAGAAAGCCCAAAUAGUUUCACCUAAACCAAAAGCAACUCCCAACAAAGAGCAACAUGCCUUUGUUAAAUCUGAAGAUUCAGAAGAUAUUACUAAAAGGAAGUUAAAGCAAGAAGUACAUUCUGAUGGAAAUGAAAGUGAGGAAGAGCAGCUAAUAUCUAAACCAAGAAAACGUAUAAGGGUUUUGUCUGACGACUCAUCCGGAACUGAAAAUGAAUCACCUAAUAAGCCAACGACAAAAAAGACAAAACUGGAUUCAUUUCAAUUUAAACGUCGAAAUUCAGAUUCUGAUGAAUCAAACAAGAAACAGAGAAUUAAAAGUCCAGUUUCAGAAUCUAAGUUGCCAAAGCCAGCUGAAUCUAUUUCACACAUUGAGGGAGACAUUCAUUCUAAUUGGACCCACAAUAAAUUAGAGUUCUUGAAGCCCGGCAAGAUAAAGGACAAAUCCGGCCACAAAAUGGAUCAUCCAGAUUAUGAUCCUCACACUCUUUAUGUUCCAGAAGACUUUCUGAACAAACAAACACCGGCAAUGCGGCAAUGGUGGGUUCUCAAAAGUGAGCAUUUCGAUUCUGUUUUAUUUUUCAAAGUUGGCAAAUUCUAUGAACUGUACCACAUGGAUGCUGUAGUUGGAGUUCAACAAUUAGGAUUCACUUAUAUGAAGGGUGAAUUUGCACACUCCGGAUUUCCUGAAACAGCAUAUGCAAAAAUGGCUAGUACUUUGAUAGAUCUGGGAUUUAAAGUAGCAAGAGUUGAACAAACUGAGACACCAGAAAUGAUGAAUGAAAGAAUUAAGACCACUGGUAAAAAAAGUAAAUUUGACAAAGUUGUUUCAAGAGAAAUUUGCCAAGUAACUACAAAAGCAACCACAAUUUUUAGUGCUCAAAUGCCUGAAGCUAGGAGCAGUUCAGCUUGUAAUCUAUUUGCCAUUUGUGAAGUUCCUCAAGGAAAUGGAACGUCUAGAUUUGGAGUUUGCUUUAUAGACACUUCUAUUGGAAUAUUUCAUUUGACUGAAUUUCAAGACGAUAAACACUGUUCUAAACUAUUAAGUUUGUUUGCAGAAAAUCCUCCAACCUCUAUCCUCACUGAAAGGAACAAACACAAGUCAUACUUUAAUGAACUUUUAACCACUUAUUUCAAAGAUAUCCGCAAAGAAAGUUUAUUGCCAAAAUCUCAGUUCUACACAGCAACUUCAACUUUAGAAAAAUUAUCUGAAUCCUGCUAUUUUCGAAAUAAAGACGGAAAGUUUGAAUGGCCAGCACUUUUCCAAGAAAUAGCAGAUGGAUGUCAACCAAAACCAGAGUAUGAACUGGCUUUAAGGGCACUUGGUGCCUGUCAUUGGUACUUAAAAGACUCGGAAUUAGACAUUCAAGUAUUUUCAUUAGCGAAAUUCGAAAAGUAUCAUUCUCUGGAUUUAAAUACUAAGAAUAAAUCUAUAGCACAGGACUAUAUGGUUCUAGAUUCGACUACUAUUCGAAAUCUGGAUCUUCUUGGUGGGAAAGGUUCACUGCAGAAAACUUUGGAUCAUUGCCAAACUGCGUUUGGUAAAAGGUUGUUGUCACAAUGGAUUUGUCGUCCUUUAUGUGAUAUUAAUAAAAUUCAAGAACGACAGAAGGCCGUGUCAGAACUAGUAAACAAUCCGUCUGUCUUGAAAUCAACUCAAGAAAUUUUGAAGAAGUUGCCGGAUUUGGAACGUCAAAUAGCUAAGAUCCAUAUUUAUGGGAACAAAUUUUGUGCACAGAAUCAUCCAGAUGGUAGAGCUAUAUUUUAUGAAGCAGUUACAUACUCCAAAACAAAAAUAAAAGAUUUAUUAAAAACAUUAAGGGCCUUUGAACAAGUACAAGAGUUACCAACUAUUUUUAAAAACUGUGAAUCAAGACUAUUAAGAAAAAUAACACAGAACAAACCUGACGGCCUCUUCUUGGACCUGAGUGAAACUUUAAACUUCUUCAAAAAUUCAUUUGAUCAUCAAUCUGCUGAAAAAGAAGGCAAAAUCAUUCCACAAAAGGGCCUUGACGCUGAUUAUGACAAGAGUGAAGAUCGAAUUGAUGAAAUAAACAAACAAUUGGCUGAUUAUUUAAAAGAACAAAGUAAAAAAUUCGGAUGUUCUUUAAGUUACUUCGGCAACGAUAAAAAAAGAUAUCAACUUGAUAUACCAGAGAAAAAGACUCAUUUGGUAGAUUCUGGGUAUUACUUAGAGGGUGCGAGGAAAGGUAAAUCAAAACGAUAUCAUACAGAUACAACAAAGAAAUUCCUGUCUGAUAUGAUGAGGGCAGAAUCUGACAAGGCAAAAAUUCUCUUGGAUUUGAAUAGAAGAAUCUUUGAAAAGUUUGGUGACCGGAGAGAUGAGUGGGAUCAGGUUAUUCACUGUUUAACAAUUUUGGAUGUUAUCUGCUCUUUGGCCGAGUAUGCGGCAUCCUUUUCUCAUGACAUUUGUCAGCCUAAACUUAAAUCUAUGGAUGAAGAUGCGAGUAUUUCUAUUGAAAAUGGUCGACAUCCAUGUGUCUUGAAUAUAAACACAUUUGUACCAAAUGAUGUCAAAAUGGGGGUGGAUGAUCAUGCAAAGAUUUUACUUCUUACUGGGCCAAAUAUGGGUGGUAAAUCUACUCUUAUGAGACAAGUGGCCAUAAUUUCAGUUAUGGCACAAAUGGGCUGUUUUGUUCCCGCCUCUUAUUGUGAGAUGAAUUUGGUAGACAGAAUCUUUACAAGGCUGGGGGCAUAUGAUGAUAUUGUACAGGGCCAGUCCACAUUCUUCGUUGAAUUGUCAGAAGCUUCUUCUAUUCUACAACAUGCCACAAAAUAUUCACUGGUUCUUUUGGAUGAAUUGGGCAGGGGAACUUCAACACAUGAUGGUAAUGCUGUUGCAACGGCUUACGUCAAAAAAUUGAGGGAGAUUCAGUGUCGGACCUUCUUCUCUACUCACUAUCACACUUUGGUUGAUCACUUCAUUGAUGAUAAGGAUAUACAACUAGGCCACAUGGCUUGCGUUGUUGAGAAUGAUGAAGAUCCCACAGAGGAAUCGGUCACAUUCUUGUAUAAGAUUGCGGAAGGCAAGUGCCCGAAAUCGUAUGGUUUCAAUGCUGCACGUUUGGCUGGUUUAAAACACGAAAUAAUUGCCAGAGGACGCGAAGUUGCUAAACAGUUGGAGUCUGAGAGUACCAACCGUACAGUGUUCUCCAAAAUAUUUACGGAAAUCAACACUUGUUCUAUAGCUGAUAUUCGUAAAACGCUUGCCAGUUUAGUUUUAUAAAUAAAGUGUUACGAUUUAUAUCAUUCCAGUUUAGCUUUUCUUGUAAUAGUGUAUUAUAAUUUUUUUUUUCUUACAAGAAGAUGUCUGUUUGUUAUAUGUAAAAAGCUAAAUAUAUAUAGGAAGCAAUUUUGUUUUAUGUAUUUUGUUUAAUAAUAAACUGACGCUUGACAUAUGUGAA